ACGUGAGUGAUCCUCCUGUUUGUUUGUGUAGCUCGAGGAUGAAAAUGGCGGUGACGAGAGAUCAACGCGAGAAUUAAACACACAAAUGACCAUUUGAAUCGGAUGACAGUGUCACUGCAGCACCACAAAGGAAUACAGAAGUACCUUAGCGUCAACUGAGUGAAUUUACAACAACAAACACCCGGAGUUUCACGGAAAUAAACAGCGCCCUGGAAUUAAAAUAGCUCCUGAAAUAGCUCCCGUUAACCUCGUUAGCUUAGCUAGCCUUCAACUGGAAGAUUCAACAGCCACAACAGCACCACGUUAGCGGAAUUAUUCUGUCAGAAUAAGAUGAACUACGCUAUGUUCGCCUUAAAUCUCACAUUCAAGCUCGCCCGUGGGCGCUGGGCUUGUAGAAAUAUUUGAAUCUGACUGAAUGCAUAACUAAUUGCUCUAUCUGGCAACGUUAGCCAGCAAACACCAUCCACCAGCCUUCCAAAAGUUUAGCGAGCAUCUGCGAGAGGAACACAGAGUGAACAGGUUGCAUUGAGUGUCCGUUAACUCCUGCCUCCCCCUGUGGGAUGGUUCUGCAUGACAGGGAGGGUAUGGUCCUGUAACCCUCUUUCUGUCCUCCAGGUCCCAUCCCAUAAACUCAGUGGACCACAGCCAUAGUGUUCCUCUCAAUGAAUAUCCCUCUGGAGCCAUAGAUCAAGUUACAUUGUGUGUCCAUAUUCCACUGCCUCCCCCGGUGGGAUGGUUCUGCAUGACAGGGAGGGUGUGGCGCCGUAGCCCCCUCUUCUUGAGAUCUCGCCCAUCUCAUAAACCCAGUGGACCACAGCCAUAGUUUUCCCCUCAAUGAGCAUCCCUCUGGAGCCUUAGAUCAAGUUUAUCAAAGGAGGGCAGGUUUAUCAGACAGCAAAGCCUGAUUUGCAAGAACGGCUUGCAGAAGAUGGUGCAGACACUAGGGUGUGGAGGAUGAUGAGGUGUGCAUAUGCUCAAAAUGAGUGCUGCAGGGGAGAAUGCCCUUGACCCCAUCACCCCUGAGUUACGGAAGAGGAAGGGCUCGCCAUGUGACACCUCUGGUCCAAGUGUGGAGAAGCGACGGCGAGAGCUGGAAUGCCGCUACAUUGACGAACUGGCAGAGCUGCUGUCGGCCAACAUGAGUGACAUUGCCAGCCUGAAUGUGAAGCCGGACAAAUGCCACAUCUUAAAGAGCACCGUGGACCAGAUCCAGCAGAUCAAACACCGUGAAAAGGAGAAAGCAGCUCUAAUGUCUCCAGAUAAUGAGGUGCAGAAGAGUGACAUAUCGUCCAGCAGUCAGGGCAUGGUUGAGAAGGAGGCCCUUGGGCCACUUCUCUUGGAGGCCCUGGAUGGCUUCUUUUUCGUUGUGAACCGUGAGGGGCGCGUUGUGUUUGUGUCUGAGAAUGUCACCAGUUAUCUGGGCUACACCCAGGAAGAGCUGAUGACCUCCAGUGUCUACAGCAUCCUUCACGUGGGAGAUCACAACGAGUUUGUGCGUAACCUGCUACCCAAGAGCCUUGUAAACGGUGUGUCAUGGCCUCAGGAGCAAGGCCGGAGAAACAGCCACACUUUUAACUGCAGGUUGCUGAAAAGGCCUCCAGACGAGGUUGAUUCAGAGAACCAGGAGGCCCGACAACAGUAUGAGCUCAUGCAGUGCUUCACGGUCUCUCAGCCCAGAGCAGUGCAGGAGGAUGGCGAAGACCUGCAAAGCUGUUUGAUCUGUAUAGCAUGCCGAAUGCCCCGUCCACCACCGAUCUCUGUCAGUACAGAGUCCUUCAUCACCAAGCAGGACCCUACAGGGAAAAUCAUCUCUAUUGAGACGGGUGCUCUGAGGGCCACAGGCCGACCAGGCUGGGAGGACCUGGUCAGGAAGUGCAUCUAUGCGUUCUUCCAGCCUCAGGGCAAUGAGCCCUCCCAUGCCAAGAAGCUGCUUCACGAGGUGAUGACCCACGGCACGGCCAUUAGUCCUCUGUACCAGUUCACACUCAGUGAUGGGACGCCUCUCAGUGCGCAGACGCGCUGCAAAUUCUGCUGCCCCCCAAACCCAGAUGUACAGCCCUUCAUCAUGGGCAUUCACACUAUAGACAGGGAACACAACACUGCUAGCUCUCAGGAAAACACUACCCACAGCCUUCCAUCUCCUGCUGCCCCACCCUCCCGCUCACCCGCCCUGCAGCCCUCCAGUGACCCCAGCCUCCAUCUCAACAACAGCAAUGGCACCUGUGCCACUCCUGGACCCCCCACACCCACUCCACCUGGCUACCUGACGGCGAGCCGCGUCAGGCCUUCCCAGCAGCAGUUUCUCAGUACCGAUCUGGAUACUUUGAACCAGCUGUUGCCCACUCUGAGAAGCUCAGUGGGAGGUAAAGCAGUAGAGGAGCCCAACGUGGAUGACCUUUCCAUAGGGGUGAAUGUGAAGAAAGAGUCGCCAGGAUCAUUAAGCCAAUCAUACCCUGAUGGCUCCAACCUCACGAGUCUGUCCUCUUUCGAGUUCUGUGACCCCUCCACUCCAAACCAGGCUCAGGGUCAAGUCCAGGUACCGGAUCUUGGUCACACAGACCCUUUUCAGCCACCUAAGGAACGCAGCAGCCCCUUUGCCAAUCCAAACAGCCUCAACUCUUUCAACACCAACACGGGUCUGGCCAAGCAGGAACUUUCUGAUUCUCAGCAGUUUCAACCCUUGUCCCUGGUUGACCCCACGUCCUUCGAUAGCAGUUUGGGCAACCAGACACAGGCCCCUCUGUCCUCUCCUCAAGAGCAGUGUGUUCCGUGUCCGCUGGAUGAGAUGCUGUGUCCACCCACCACUACAGAGGGCCGUAACGAUGAGAAGGCCCUGCUGGAGCAGCUGGUCACUUUCUUGAGCCGCACAGACGAGAGCGACCUGGCCGAGAUAGACCGAGCGCUGGGCAUUGACAAACUUGUUCAAAGUGGAUGCCUCGAACCCGUAACCCAAUCCUUUCCUCAGCCUCAGCCCCCAACUCCUGUGCCCAUGGACCCCAAACUUCCCAGCUACCCCUCACAAUUCUCUGCUGAGAUGGGCACCACACAGGGAAUGAGUUUCGGGGCCCCACGGAUGCUGUUUCCAGGAAACGUGGGCAUAGCUGUGAGACCCGGCAUAAACCGAGCUCCUGGUGUGCCCAACCAGCUGCGGCUGCCACCCAACCAGCUGAGACUCCAGCUCCAGCAACGUCUUCAAGGCCCACAGCAGCAGCUCCAGAAUAGACUUGCUACCAUGGGCCAGUUCCCACAGGGUGGGUACAUUGCCAUGGGGAUGCGUCAGGGCCUGCAGCAGCCUCAAAUGCCCUCUCAGCCUCCACUUAAUGCUCAGAUGAUGGCCCAGCGGCAACGGGAGCUGUACAGUUUCCAGCACCGACAGCGGCAGAUUCUUCAGCAGAAAGUCAUGCUGAUGAGGCAAGGGUUGAACACUAUGGGAGCUCAGCGAAUUCCCAAGGGCCCCCAGCAGCAACAGCCACAGCAGCAGCAGUUUGGCUAUCCUCCAAGCUACAGUGCCGUGCCUGGGAACACCCCUACCUCUCCGAGCCAUUUUAACUCCAUGGGAGGAGGACCUCUGGACCCCAAGCUUUCCGCCAGGGGGGGCAUGGGAAACCAAGGCAUUAUAGGAGGCAUUCAAGGGCAAUUUGAGGGGCCUGUGAACACUCCUGUUCAGCAAGGGCUUUUUCAGCAAUUUGGGGGGCCUGGCAUGAUCCAGCAAGGAGAUCCAUCAUUUGCUCCUGAGCUUAGUCCAACCAGCCCCCUUCUUUCACCUCAGAACUCCACCUCCCAGAGUCCUCUGCUCCAGCAAGCGCAACCUCCACCUGGUUAUCAAUCACCCGACAUGAAGAACUGGCAGCAAGGGGCCAUAGGCAACAACAGUAUGUUUAACCAGGCUUGUCAGCCUACCUCUCAGAGCUUUGGGCAGCAAGGCGUUUAUAACAACAUGAGUAUCACCGUGUCAAUGGCUGGGGGAUCAGGAGUGGUGGGCUCUCUACCUCCCAUUGGACCAUCUGUUGGCAUGGGUAACAACAACCUUGGCAACGUCACUUCUAUGUGUAACGAUCAGGUACAGCAGGUUCAAGUGUUUGCUGAUGUCCAGUGCACGGUAAACCUUGUGGGUAGCGACUCCUACCUGAACCAGUCAGGGCCCAUAGGGUCCCAAAAGGGCCCGAGUGGGACCACUACAGCCCAGUCUCAGCAGAAGAGCCUGCUCCAGCAGCUCUUGACUGAGUGAGCCGCCUAACACCUGCCAGAGGACUGUCUCCACAUGCAGAGAUUUUUCAUUCUUCACCUUUGUUUUCUAUACAGUAUAUCUGCAGGGCCGGUGUCUGGGGCCCAGGCUCAUGAGGUUUCAUAGCCGUUCAGCUAAGUGCUCAUUCCUGGUCACCUUUUUAAAGUCUGCUUCCUGAAUGGAGAAAAGAUCAUGUUCCAAGAAUUUGCCAAGUCUGUAAAAGGACCUGCUGCUUUUCAGCCAGUUAUAUGUCCUAUCAAGUCAGGCCAACGUUGCAGUGCUUCUUGGAGAGCGGCGCAGCAGCUGAGCUCGGAUUGGUCCGAUAGGAAACUGGGGCAGGCUGUUGCCAUGGUGUUGCUAUAUUCAUGGUAUUGUUCAGUUUCAGCUGAAUCUGUGACUGAUAGGCUCUCCUCAGCAGUGCCUGAUGAUGGGAGAAAUGUCCCGCCUCUUUUUAUUUGUUAGUCUGUUUUGUUUUGUUUGUUUUUGUCUGUUUUUGUUUUAAAACAAGCAUUACCAGGAUGGGAGACUGCUCUGUAGCACAUAGUUGUCUGCUGCAGGCUUUCCUGGCAAAACUGUUUUAAAAUGGCAGACUUUUAAUUUUUAAUCGUCCUACACAUUUCCCACCCCCCCCAAGUAGCUGUGAAUAUGAGCCACUUAGGGUCAACUCAGCCUAUCAGUGUUUUGCGGCAAUGUGUUGUGCAGGUUGGUAUUAUAUUGUACAGCACAAACGGACAAAGUUGUGACAUGCUCAUACUUUGUAAUUUACUUUAAAAAAAGAAAAAGAAUCAUCGAAUUUCUCUACAGGCAACUGGUGUUUUGAAUGCAUCAACAUCAUGGGUUUCAAAACUAGUUCUCUUUUUUUAAAUAGCCACCUUUUUAUUUUAAAAAUAAAUUUUUCGAACCAAGAAGUUGUCAACACGGCUGAAUAUUAUACCGGGGGGUAUUGCGUGCUCUUGGCUCAUAUAUCAAGGUAAGAAAGACUCGGAUUUGGAUUUUUAUGAUUGAUAUUGGCUAUCGAAAUUUGCUUUGAACAUACCAGUAAACAAACCUUCUGUUGCAUUGUACACGGAUAUGAAAAUGUAGAUUGUACAGUGAUUUUCAUAAUUAAGUUUCAAAGAUGCUCUUGAAAACCACAGGAGCUCUCUCCCAACUCUGGAGGAGCGAAGUUUUUGUCACAAGUAACAUUUGCACCAUCAGCUGCAUUCUCCAGCUCUUAGACUGCUCAUUUGACUACUGUUGCCCAGUCAGACACUGUUCAUCAGAAUUAUUUCCUUUGUUAAUUAACCUACUAGUCAUCCCCUUAUAUGAGUCAAAAAACACAAUCUUAAUUCUUUGAACCUAAAGGAAUCUGAUAACAUGCAAUAACAUUACAUAAAGAGCUGAAAUAAAGUUAGUUUUCCUUAUUGUGAAACGUACUAACGGAAAAAUAAUAAAUCGAAUUAUUUUUUUAAUUUGUUUAAGUUAUCAGAUUGACAAGCCCGUAAAAAACAUUUUAAUAAAGACAUCAUGGAUGUUACUAUGGUCGAAAUUGAUAUCUCACUGUGCGAGUAUGAGGUAUUUCGCAAAUUGUGCAACAUAAUCAGAAAACAACAAAAAAUUGUUUGGGCACUGGAAAAGUGUUACAUGCUCCUCACAUAUUUUCAUUCUCCUUUAACAGUGUUUUUUUUUGUUUGUGAUUCACUUUGUUGAGUUUAAGUGGUGUCUUUGUGCAUGUGCUCUGAAUACAAAGAAUGGCUCUUUUUCUCCAAUGCUACAUCAGAUUACACUGUCCGUAAACAAAAACAAAAAAAAAGUGGAUCCUCAUUCAUCUAUGAAUUUCAGCCGGCAGUAUGUACUGCUGAGAUUGAGCCACUUUUUGGUAUAAACAGUUCUGUGAAAAAGUAUUUGCCCCCGUUCCUGGUUUCUUCUAUUUUUGUGUAUUUGUCAUACUAAAUUGUUUUAGAUCUUCAAAUGAGAUAUAACAUAAAUCAAAGGCAACCUGAGUAAACACAAAAUACAGUUUUUAAAUAUAUAUAUAUGUUUAAUUGAAGCAAAAAAGUUAUCCAACACCUAUAUCACCCAUGUGAAAAACCAACUGCCCCUUAAACUUAAUAGCUGGCUGUGCCACCUUUAGCAGCAACAACUGCAACCAGACGCUUCCAAUAACUGGAGAUCAGUCUUUCACAACGCUGUGGUGGAAUUUUGGUCCACUCUUCUUUACAGAACUGCUUUAGUUCAGCCACAUUGGAGGGUUUUUGAGCAUGAACUUCCCGUUUAAGGUCCUGCCACAGCAUCUCAAUCGGGUUCAAGUCAGGACUUUGACUAGGCCACUCCAAAACGAUAAUUUUGCUUCUUUUGAGCCAUUCAGAGUUGGACUUACUGCUAUGCUUUGGAUCAUUGUCUUGCUGCAUAAUCCAGUUGUGCUUCAGCUUCAGCUCACGGACUGAUGACCGGACGUUCUCCUUUAGGAUUUUCUGGUAGAGAGCAGAAUUCAUGUUUCCCUCAAUUAUUGCAAGUCGCCCUGGCCCUGAAGCUGCAAAGCAUCCCCAUACAUCACACUACCACCACAAUGCUUGACCGUAGGUAUGAUGAUCAUUUUGUGGAAUUCUGUGUUUGAUUUAUGCCAGAUAAAAUGGGACCCGUCUUCCAAACAGUUCCACUUUCGACUCAUCAGUCCACAGAACAUUCUCCCAAAAGCUUUGAGGAUCAUCAAGGUGUGUUUUGGCAAAAUUCAGACAAGCCUUAAUGUUCUUUUUGUGUUAGCAGUGAUUUUUGCCUCGCCACUCUUCCAUGGAUGCCAUUUUUGGCCAGUGUCUUUCUGGUAGUGGAAUCAUGAACAUUAACCUUUAUUGAUGCGAGAGAGGCCUGCAGUUCCUUGGAUGUUGUCCUUGGCUUUUUUGUGACUCCCUGGAUGAGUCGUGGCUGUGCUCUUGGAGGAAUUUUGGAAGGUCGGCCACUUCUGGGAAGGUUCACUACUGUGCCAAGUUUUCUCCAUUUAGAGAUAAUGGCUCUCACUGUGGUUCUUUGGAGUCCCAGAGCCUUUGAAAUAGCUUUGUAACCCUUCCUAGACUGAUGUAUUUCAGUCACCUUUUUCCUCAUCAUUUCUGGAAUUUCUUUUGACCUUAGCAUAGUGUGCUACUGGGUGAGACCUUUUAGCCAACUUCAUGCUGCUGAAAAAGUACUAUUUAGGUGUUGAUUUAAUUGAACAGGGCUGGCGGUAAUCAGGCUUGGGUGUGUCUAGUCCAGCUGAAAAUGCAGUUUCAUAGAUUUGGGGAUUUAGUAUAAUACCCAGUUGGUAUUGGAAAAUUUUUUUGCUUCAAUAAAUAACAUUAUUAUUUAAAAAUGUAUUUUGUGUUUACUCAGAUUGCCUUAGUUUUAUGUUAGAUUUUGUUUGAAUUUUUGAAACAAUGUAUAUGAGAUAUACACAAAAACAGGAGAAAUCAUGAGAAUUCACAGCACUGUAUAUGUACAUAGACAUUACAAAAAGCAAGUUGAUUUGAAUAAUACAUGACAUUUAAGAUUCUCAGUCUGUGUUUUUCCAGGUUUUGGCUCACCUGAAGAACACUGACAAUGUAACAUAAAUUUCCGCCCUUUGCCUCGUGGAACAGGCAUUCCUGUAUAGAUCAAAAUAGUUGGCUUUUAGAAAAACAUUUUAUGCAGUUGAUCAGAUUCUAUUUUUGUCUAUUUUAAAUGAACCCUACCUGUCAUCAUUUCCGAGUUUCUGUGUUUAUGCCAAAUAUACCAAACUAGCGAACAGUGCUUAUUAAAAAAUGGGUUUUUAUUUUAUUUAAAAUUAUUAUUAUUAUUAUUUUCCAUAUUUGAUCUUGGUUACAGCGGCUCUUACAGUCAGUACAGAACAUUGAGGUACAAUAGAACUAUUCAGAACCUGGUUUAUCAAAGUAUUGUGUAAAUAACAGAUAAAUGUGAAUAUGUAUCUGUUCAGAAUCAACAAAAUGUAGUGCUCCGAGUUUGUGGUAAAAUCUACUUGCUUCCAUUUAUUUUCUUUUUUUCUUUUUUUUCUUUUUUUUUAGAUGUAUUUGUCUGAAUGCGUGUACGUGUGUGAUUAAUACUGUAUAUCUGGUGUUUAAAAUGGAAACAGACAAAUGUCCUGAUUUGAUUUGAUUUCUUUCUUUUUUGAAUACCUACAACUUUUCCUGUGGGUGUUGAGAUUGCUCUAUAUGUGAGAAUGGUUUUGUGACUGCUGAAUGUGACUUUGCUGAGGGAGAAGCAGCAUGGACUGGCUUUUGUACGGGUUAAUUUAAAAAAAAAAAAAGAAAAAAAAAGGCCAUAUUAUUUAAUUUCUCUGUUGUCAAAGUUUAAUCAGCUCUGACAAAGUGGAACCUUGGUUUGAGAACAGUACUGGGUUGUUGUCGUGGGGUUUCUUCAACUGCCUGAUGUAGUUUUGCCAUGUGUUAUACUCUCUUUAAGAUGAGAACAAAUUAAUGACCAAAGCUUAAAGAUACUAAAAGAUUCAUAUCAUAUGCUAGGUUCAUGCAAUUGGACAAAUGUAGCAUUCAGUUUUUCCUGAAUAGGCGUCCCAUACCCUGUUUAUCAUGUGUAUAACACUACCGUGUUUUUCCACAGUUUGUGCUUUGAGUUUUUAUUUAAUUUAUAUUGUUUUGGACUUUAUUCCCCUACCUAGAUACAAGCGGUUGAACUAUCUGAUUAUUUUGUAACUAUUUUUACUUGGAGAACACUGUGUCUCGUUUGGAAGGCUGCGUCCUCCGGAGGUCGCAUUUGUCGGCCGCAUACGUCAUCGAGGCUGUCUCUUUUCAGGAAAGCGAGUAGGACACUUCGAAUGCAGCCUUCAAAUGCGACCUGCUUUCAUGGGAAUUCGGAGGAUGCAUGAGGUGUAUCUUUCGUGGGCACUUGCAACCCACAAUUCUUUGCUUCAACGGAAAUGUCUAAAAAAGGUUACGCCAAUUUGCCCGUAAAUAUGAUGUUCAAACGCAAGGAGUGUUAAUUCCCAAGUUGAAGUACCUCAGUAGAUGGGUGCAGAGUAUAUAAAUGUAUAAUUAUAUUAAUAUAUAAUUAAAAUAACAUAUUAGACUAAAAGUACACCUGUAAAAUCUAUUUUCUAUUCUCUUUACAUCAUUAUAACUCUCCUAAAAUGUACCCCAUGCAUUCCCUUCCAGAGGGACUUUGGCUGUGUCUCGUUUGGAAGGAUGCGUCCUCCGGAGGUCGCAUUUGUCGGCCGCAUACUUCAUCGAGGCUGUCUCAUUUCAGAAAAGCGAGUAGGACACUCCGAAUGCAGCCUUCGAAUGCGACCUUCUUUCACGGGAGUUCGGAGGAUGCAUGAGGUGUAUCCUUCGUGGGCACUCAUAAACCACAAUUCUUUGCUUUAACGGAAAUGUCUAAAAAACAAUUAUGCCAGUUUGCCCGUAAAUAUGAUGUUCAAACAUAAGGAAUGUUAAUUCCCAAGUUGAAGUACCUCAGUAGACGAGUGCAGAGUAUAUAAAUAAAAUAUUAGACUAAAAGUACACAUGUAAAAUCUAUUUUCUUUUCUCUUUACAUCAUAAUAACUCUCCUAAAAUGUACCUCAUACAUUCCCUUCUAAAGAGACUUUGUUCCCUUCUCACUCAAAGCGCUCCCGCUUGUUAAAGAGUGGCAUGCUGUCAUAGCAACCAUGUUACGUUAUGUUUCCGUUUGUCCUAUGAAGGCCGUCUCGUCUCGGAAUGUAUGAGGUACAUUUUAGGAGAGUUAUAAUGAUGUAAAGAAAAUAAAUUUACAGUUGUACUUUUAGUCUAAUACUUUAUUUUAAUUAUAUAUUAAUAUAAUUAUACAUAUUAUAUACUCUGCACCCAUCU